AUAAAAAUCUAAAACCACCGUCUCGAUAUCUUUUCCCUUUACCUCCUCCCUUUGGUGGGAUUAAAAACCAAAGGGGUGUUUCUUCUUCUCCUCUCUUACCCUUUUUCUAAAUGCUCUCGGACCAAUAACACCUACAAAUCCCUCUUCUUCCUCUCUUUCACCCAAACAGAGGAGAAGAGAGAAACAAGAGGAAUCAUUAGAAGCGUCUAGAGAGAGAAAGAGCUGUAAGCUAUGGAAUCUUCUUCAGCUUCGAAUGAUGCGGUCAACUUCUUGGGGCUAAAAGAGGAGUCAAUGGUGGACCCUUUCUUGGUCGAGGCUCUCCAGAAUCCUCGCCACCGUCUCACCAUUUUGCGAAUGGAACUUGAUAUCCAGAGGUUUCUGCAUAAUCCUGAUGAGCAGCUAUUUGAGUUCCAACAUUUCCCUACCUCCUACCUUCGACUUGCUGCACACCGUGUUUCUCAACACUAUGGUUUGCAGACUAUGGUUCAGGAUAGUGGCUCAGAUGGACAAGGAAAUAGGAUUUUGGUGAGGAAAACAGGAGAAAGAAAAUACCCAGCGAUUCAAUUAUCUGAAAUACCUGUUAAGCAGUCAGAAAACAAUAAACCUGAGCAGAUUAAAACUGUCAUCAAGCCUAGGUCUAAUAAAAAUAAUAUGAAUGAAACUCAUGGAGCUGGGAUCAAACGAAGUCCUGUGAGAAGUGUAGAAGAGAGGAAGGAGGAGUACAAUAGGGCAAGGGCUCGCAUAUUUAGCAGUCCUAGCAGUUCUGACUCUGGUGAUACAACAUAUCAGGUCCCACCGGAUGUGAAAAAAGCAUCUUUGAGCAGGGAUGAGAAUGAAAAUUCCAGGAACUCUAUGAUUGAUCCAGAAAAGAAUGUAAACAUCAAGGAUCUUGGUACUUCAUCUCGAGUUGCCAUUUUCAGAGAUAGGGAGAAAGACCGUACUGAUCCAGAUUAUGAUCGAAGUUAUGAGAGGUAUGUUAGGAGUCUUCCUACCAAUCAAAGAUUUAACUUGGCACCUGUCAAUAUGCAAAAGCUUCAACCCCAGUUUGUGCAGUAUGAUACUGUUUUCUCUCAGAUGCCAAGGGCUCAAGCUUCAAUUAGUUAUGGGCCUCCUUCAAGCCCAGCUAUGAGCCCCUUUUGUGCCAUGGGAUUCAAUCAGACAUAUAGGGAUGCUACAUACAUGCAGUGGCCAAGUGCUGCAAUGAUGUAUUCACAUUCAUAUGAUCAGUUCAGACAAGCUGUUAUCCAGGCUCCAUUCUGUCAGCAUCCCCUGAGUUUUGACUAUUCGCAAAACCAUUGAACUAGAUGUAGAGGAGAGAUUUUAUAACUGAGCUGAACGCAGAAUUCUUUAUUCUUCUAGGGUCUUAAAUAGAGUUAGGUAUUUUGUUUGAGACUUUGUGUUACAAAAGCUUGUUCUCUUAGUGGUUUGUGGUGGUGUUUACUGUUUUGAUCUUCUAUAUUAGCCAAGGACUGUAAUAUGCUAUCACCCUUCAUUGAACUAUUGGUUUUUGCUUCAAAAUUAUGCCUUUCAAUUGUUGACCUUUACGUGACA